GUAAUAUCUUGUUCUCGUGAAACCCUAUUCUUGGAUUAAAAACGAGGCGGAAACUCGUCUGAGCGUCGGAGAAAUACCUGAAUCCACGUACCUACCUACGUAACUACAAAAUCAUCUACGGUUUCCCGCUUAUGCUCCAUCGCCUAUCUUCAGCUUAGCUUGCCUUCUAUACGGAAGAGAGUGAGCAUGGACAACUCGGGUAAUGAAGCCGAAUCUGGCGUUGCAAUUGAAGUUGUACUGGGAUCGAAUGAAGAUGAAGAACUAGUAGUCGAGAAUGACGAUACACCGGGUUCCCAGGCCGGGGGCGAUUCUCCAGAAGAACCCGCUCCACAUCCUAUCCUAUCUAAUGGCUUAAUGAUAUUGGUUCCAGGAUUUAGUAUGAAGUACCCGACUGUAUAUAACAAUGUCAUGGUAGAACGGUGGACACAUGUCAGAACCUUUUCCUUCAAACCGGAGAGACUUUUUGGCGAGAAGGGGUCAAUAGAAAGCUUGGAUGAUAUAGUUGAGGAACUACUGGAUCGUGUUCUGAACUUGGCAGCGGAUAUCAAAGUUGACUUGUCCGAGCUCAGUCUUGGUUUUAUGUCGGCUGAUCUUGGUGGUAUGAUCGUGAAAAAGGCUCUCUUGAAAACAUUAUCGCUUGCCAAGUACCAAAAACUACAUGAAAGAACCUCGCUCCUGGCUUUCUUUGGGACCCCUCAUCAGGAGUCUGAGGUAUACAGCUGGGAAAUGACGAUAUUACGUAUCAUUGAAAAUACCUAUGAAGGAUUAUGGGGUCCCUGGCUCCCAGAUCGUAUCCGCCAGUUAUCGCUCUAUCUAGAGAAGCUCCAUCUAGAUUUCAAUAAGAUCUCGGACGAAUUCAGGAUUCUCAACUACGUCCAAGAUUUGCCCGAGUCUAGUUCCGAAGUUCUGGUAGGCUGAAUGUCUUUCCUGUAAUAGUUGUAUCAUGCAAUUGUCGCUA